AUGACAACAAAGACGGCCAAUCGUCAGGAUGAAGUGAAUGUCUUGGCCAUUGUGACGCCCAAUGCAACAACAGCACCACGCUCGGAUCCCAACAACAACAACGAGUGGCGACCAUUGGGACACGGGGAUCCACUGCAAAAUGAUCCCACCUAUGAUUACAGUCCUCCAGCCUUGGAUCGUGUGCGUUAUUGGGCGGAGAAUAAUGCGAGUAAUCAGGAUGCGAGACAGAAGUUGCCACUUGAAGUGCUGCGCAACAAGACGAAGAGCGAGAUUCUGUUGCUGGGCGUGGCAAGUGAAAGGGAUCGCUUGAGGACGGGCCAGGUGAAGUUGAUGUCGCCUUAUGCCCAACAGCAUCAGCAACAACAACAGCAACAGCAGCAGCAGGCCAAGUAUGCGGCGAUAAGAAGAAGCUACUAUGCACCACAACAACAACAACAACAACACCAACAACAACACCAACAACAACACAUGCCACACACACAUUUAAUGCCACCGCCCAUGAUGAUGAAGGGCCUGGGGCAUGUGGAGUAUCGUCACAGUGUGAUGAACUCACCCAGCAGCAGCUCCUACAUGAGCCUCAACAUGGGCAACAGUUACAGCUCCUCCCCCGCCUCCUCCCCCAGCAAAUCCAUGAGCUCCACCCACUUUUAUAGCAGCCCCUUGACCUCCUCGGCUACCUCCUCCUGGUAUUCCCAUGCGCCCAGCAUGUCCAGUUUGCCGCAACGCAUGAGCCACGGCGAUGCACAUCAUCAGGAGUCCAUGCAACACUACAGCUUCUCCAGGCCCAACUCCAUACAUUCACAUGCGUCCACGGGCAACAAACAGGUGGCACGCAAGCCUUGGCUCCACGAGCUGCUGCAGAAGGAGCUGGUGAAGCCCACGAUGAGGCAGAGAAUGAAACCCACCAUGCCGGCAACCAAGUACUUAAUGGGCACCACCAAACCGCAGCAAUCAUUCACCGUUCCCACCUAUGCACCCUUGACCUAUGCACCCGUAACCUUUGUGCCUGGGCCGCCCACCAUAGAAACGCCCACCACGAGCAGUCCACCCAUCCCCGAGCUCUACAUCACGCCCACCACACUGACGCCCACUGUCAGCUCCGGCUUUCGACCCAUGAUGUUGUCCAGUUUGGGCAGCACAACAGCAACAACAACAACAACCACAACAACGCCACCGACAACGACAACGUUGAGCAGCUCCAGGCUGAUGAUACCACAGACGAGUAAUCUGGCCAGGCGACCCACUGUGGCACCCGCUCCAGAACUCACCACCGAUGCACUUUUCUCGCACUACAAGCAGCCGCCGAAACCGCUUUUGGGUCCCAUGUAUCUCAUCAUUGAAGGUCACUCCAAGGUGAAGACCUAUGGACAGAACGAAUUGGAUCCGCAUAGUCCAAAAAUAGUGCCGGUGAUUUCGAAACGUGAGCCGGUGGUGCGGAUUGCGGAUCCCAAUGAGAAACGCGGCACGGUGGAGACCUAUCAGGUCAAGCAUUUGCAUACCAAGACAAUUCCGCUGACAACAACAACAACAACUUCCAAGAGCAGUUCAACAACAACAGCAACAACAACAACAACGAAUACGCCGCCCAGUGGCGUUCAAGAUCUGCUCAGUUUGCUGGAUAACAUGUUUGCCGAUGCACAAGAGAUUGUCGCCAGCACAGAGGCGGCCAAGACCAUCUUAAAGCCAGUGACAACAAAGUUGAUGCCACAGCAGCCGGAACCGCGAAUUGCCAGCAAAGCUAGCAGCAUAGAGAGUCUGCCAGAGGAGGAGCAGAAGGAGAAGGGAGAGCAGGUCAAAUAUGGUUCAGAGAUCGCGACCAGCACGGAACCUGAACAGCCGCCGCGUGCCACUCGACAAAUCUUUGACUAUGAUCAAUUACCAGAGUCGCGUAUUAAAGCUAAAGACAAAGACGAAGACGACGACGACGACUACAAUGAUAAUGAUGAUAACAAUGAUAAUAAUGAUGAGCAAGCUGAGCUGGAGGAUGGCAAGUUGCUAGAGGAUGCCGAACUGGACAGUCUGGAUGAUGUGAGUGAAGAUGAAACGUCAGAUAGUGAACAUAAUUUACUCAAACGCAUCGAUAAAUUUGUCGAUGAUGUGGAUGAUGGAGACGAUGACUUGGAUGAUUUGAUUGAGGGUCUGUCGCCUGACGAUAACGAUAACGAUGAUGAUGAUGAUAACAAUGAUAACAACGAUGAUGAUGAGAAGCAGCUACAUUAACAUUAGUUAUUAAUUAUUAUUUUCUUAAAACUGCGCUCUAUACCAAA